GCGCCGGUGGGAGCCCGCGGCGGGGAAUGGCGUGAGGCGGCCCCGCCUUGGGCAGGAUGCGCGGGGGCUGCGCGCUGGCCGUGGCCCUUCCCUGGCUGGCCCUGCUGGCCCUGGCCUGGCAGCCCCCCGAGAAGCCAGCGGCCACCCCACUGUUCACCCGCCGGCCCUUCUUGGUGGCCUGGAAUGUGCCCACCCAGGACUGCAAGCCCCGCUUCCAGGUGCCCCUCGACUUCAGUGUCUUUGACCUGCAAGCCUCCCCCAACGAGGGCUUCGUGGGGCAGAACCUCACCAUCUUCUACAAGGAGCGCCUGGGGCUCUACCCCUACUACAACGAGCAGCGUGUGGCCAUCAACGGUGGCAUCCCCCAAAACAGCAGCCUGUCCAAGCACCUCGCCAACCUUCAUGAGGGCAUCAACAAGUACAUCCGCUCACCUGCCAAGGAAGGACUGGCUGUUAUCGACUGGGAGGAGUGGCGGCCAAUCUGGGCACGCAACUGGAAGCCCAAGGACAUCUACCGGGAGGUGUCUCAGCAUCUGGUGCACCAGCGGCAGCUCAACUGGUCCCGUGAGGAGGUGAACAAGCAGGCAGUGUUUGAGUUUGAGUUGGCCGCCCGGCAGUUCAUGGUGAGCACCCUGCGUGUGGCCAAGAGCUUCCGCCCCAAGCAGCUCUGGGGGUUCUACCUCUUCCCCGACUGCUACAACCAUGACUACAGCAAGAACAAGGAGAGCUACACUGGGCAGUGCCCGGAUGUGGAGAAAACACGCAAUGACCAGCUGUCCUGGCUCUGGAAGGAGAGCAUGGCCCUCUACCCCUCCAUCUACCUCGAAGCUCUCCUGGCGUCCACCCCUAACAGCCGCAAGUUUGUGCGGGCACGGGUGAUGGAGGCCAUGCGCAUCUCACAGCAACACCAUGAUGGUUACUCCCUGCCUGUCUUUGUCUACACCCGGCCCACCUACAUCCGCAAGCUGGACGUGCUCAGCCAGCUGGACCUGAUCUCCACCAUUGGAGAGAGCGCAGCGCUGGGUGCAGCUGGGGCCAUCUUCUGGGGUGAUGCAGACUACACUAAAAACCGGGACUCGUGCCAGAUCAUCAAGAACUACCUGGAGGGGGACCUGGGCCGCUACAUUGUGAACGUCACAACAGCAGCACAGCUCUGCAGCACAACGCUGUGCCAGGGCCGGGGCCGCUGCCUGCGCCAGGACAGCACCGCCGACGUCUUCCUCCACCUCAACUCCACCAGCUUCCAGCUGCGGCGCCGGGAAGGGGACAACUCCCAAGGCCCCCUCUACUGGCCCGAGGGCCAUCUGUCCCCUGCUGACACCCUCUUCCUACGGACCCACUUCCACUGCCACUGCUACCAGGGCUGGCAGGGUAGCAGCUGCCAGGUGCCCGCCAGCCCCCGCAGUCAUGCCCCAGCCCUCCUGGCACCGCUGGGGCUUGGGGUGCUGUUGGUGCUUGCCAGCUGGUGCUGAUCCCCCCCCUGGACUGAGCUGGCACCCCUUUUUUGUGGCGGUGGAGGGGACCUAUUUAAGAUUCCCCCACUCUGCCAGUGUGGCAGCUUGUUAUGGGGGUGCUGCCCCUCUCCGAGUGGGAGGGGUGUGUGUUGUUGCCCCCCCUCUGCCCUUCCUGCUGUAACGCGGGUGCCCCUCAUGGGGAUGGAGGGCAGGGUUGGGGGGCGGCCUCUCCUGUUGUAAGGAGAGGACGGGAGCGGGGGGGACUAAGGAGGGCAUGGGGGCAGGGAGCGGGUGCUGCGUGGUGCUGAGCCCCUGUGCGCUGCCCCACACUGAAGUGCUUUACCUCGAAUAAAUCUGGGCGGAGUGUCA